AUAUAGUUACUCCCCGAAGCUUUCCGGAAAUUUUCACUGAAUAACCUUUGCAGGUGACGGUCAAGGAGCAACCACAUAUCCUAAGGUAAUCAUGAAGGGAUACCUACUGUUAAUCGCUUGCCUAUUGGCCCUGGCACUGAUCCGCGUUGAGGGAAAAUCUAUGGUGAAACAGAAAGAGAAAUCGAGCGACAGGGAAAAGGAAAUAGAAGGAGACAGUGAAGAAAAGGAAGUAGCAGAUCCCUCUGAGUCUGGAAGUGGUUCGGGAAAAGGAAAGGACUGUUAUGGCCAGGGAUGUGGAGGAUACCCUUACCCACAGCACCCACAGUACCCACAGCAGCCUUAUCCCUAUCCUCAGCAACCCCAGCAGCCAUAUCCCCAACCUUACCCCCCUCAGCAGCCCUACCCGUACCCCGCACCAUAUCCAUCAAGCUCACCUUGUGGAACUCCCGGAUGUACGAAAUUUAAGAAAGGGAAGGAAGAAAGUUCGAAAGGAAAGAAAAUUAGCGACGAAAAGAAGCAUAAGGAAGCCAAGAAGAAGCACCAUUAAAUUGAAUCGCAGAAAUUCUUCGCAAUUUGAUAGUUUUUCUAGGAGAAAUAUCCUAAACUCACACGAUGAGUUCCUCAACGAAAUCGAACGUACAAAGGGGGCAUGUUCCGAACAUUUCCGUGUGUAGAUUUUCUAAAGAGCUGAAAAUAAAUGCUUAAAAUACUCUUGAUACUGCA